UUUUGGCACUUCACAGAUAUACUGUAUUUGUUAGUGUACAGUAUACUUAUUAUUUUGAAUAUGAAGGCUUUGGCAGCUGUACUAUUGUUAGUUGUGGCAGUGAACGGUGCGUGGAAAGGUGGAUUGCGGACAACAUGGGGUGUAGGCCUUGGUCUAGGAACGGAUUUUUUCUAUGAGAUUCCAAGGUCACUGGAAGAGGUUAAGUCUCAGGGCUGGGUUUUGACCGACAAAGCUGACGGACUUCCUCUUCCUUCGCUCGCCUUGUAUUGUUCUGAAGACCGCAUCUUAUGUGGAUUUUUUGACGAAACCGAAUAUGUGGUGGGAUUGCAGGUUUCUUUACCCGUAGAUGAGGUCACGGACAUUAUUUUUGAUAUGCCAACCCAAGGUUUUAUAAUAUGGGAAACAGAAGUGGACGGGAAACUUAAAAAAUUCUACAGUAUCCAACAAUACUUCAUCAAUGAAGAUACUCUAAAACAAAGUGUUGAGGAUCGUUUGAGUAAGUGGGAUAGUUCCAAGACUCUUCAAGAAAAAUCCAUUUGGGUAACCGGCUUCAACGGUACCCUUCUUGAAAUAUCCACCGUUGCUGAUGAUAUUGCUAACGGAGACGAUUUCACUAAGCAAGCCUGUGUUCCUUGGAUGGGGCGUCAUUAUUACUACAAAAUGUCUGCGGAGACGGAGUGCAAAGCUGACACAUUGUUACCAUGGUUUCCGAUUGUUGAAUCCGGGGAAUUGAUCGCUACCGGUCUUAUUAGCUUCCUGAAGCUUUCAAAAACUUACAAAUGGUUUGAGAAGCCUUCGAAAGCAGCUGUUCAAUUCAUUGUUCCUGAUGGCCCUAAGUGCUUAUACGAUUUGGCUGAGGAUUCUGCACUAACAACAAUGCACAUCUAUUAUGUCAAUCAACCAUGGUUGGUCAGUUGCCUGUGGCAGUGAAAGAGUUAGAGCGGCGUUAUGAUUUUACGAAAAUAUUAAAUAUCUCUGUUAACAAAA